AUGCAGCUUACACGCCUUCUGUUAAACCUGGGAUAUCUCCAGGCUACAUGGGCUAUCCCUGCCCCGGAUCACAGCCUACAGAGGCUACUCCAAGUACCAGCCGGCCAUCCCGCAUCAUUAUUCGGUCAACAGCCUAUUUCCGGACAGCCGCCUUUCUCUCCGGGACAUCGCGACCCGUAUGAUCACAAGGUCGAUUCUGUUGGUGAUGGCCGACAGCCACUGCCGUUCCGCAAUGGAGAUGGUGCUACGGUGAUGGGACCGCGGAAUAGAGACCGCGAACGCCAGAACCCCGAUCUUGUCCGUCCACCGAGUACCGACCAUGGCAGUAUGCCUAAUAUGCGAUGGAGUUUUGCGGAUUCACAUAUUCGGAUCGAGGAAGGCGGAUGGACGCGACAAACGACUAUCCGCGAGCUACCCACUAGCCGUGAACUCGCGGGUGUGAAUAUGCGUCUAGAUAAAGGGGUCAUCCGCGAACUGCAUUGGCACACGGAAGCUGAAUGGGCGUAUGUGCUUGCUGGAAAAGUACGAGUCACUGCCCUGGACUUAGAAGGUGCCACUUUUAUGGACGACUUGGAGGCAGGAGAUCUGUGGUAUUUCCCUGCUGGACAUCCACAUUCGCUCCAGGGUCUAGGUGAAAAUGGCACCGAGUUCCUUCUGAUCUUUGAUGAUGGCAACUUCUCCGAAGAGUCCACCUUCGUUUUGACUGAUUGGUUGGUUCUAGCAGAGAACUUCCGGAUGUCACCAGAACAAUUCGACAAUAUCCCGACAUCCGAGAAGUACAUAUUCCAAGGCUCAAACCCGGGUAGCAUUGACCAGGAAAAACCACCCACCUUCAAGAAGUCAAAGAUAAACUUCACACACCAUAUGCACGCCCAAAAACCCCUUGAAACCAGCGGCGGUCGUGUCCGUAUUACUGACUCCACCAACUUCCCAAUUUCCAAAACAGUAGCAGCCGCCCAUCUGGAGAUUUCCCCGGGCGCACUACGCGAGAUGCACUGGCACCCCAACGCGGACGAAUGGACAUAUUUCAAGAAAGGUCGUGCGCGAGUUACGAUAUUUGCCGCGGAAGGAAACGCCAGAACAUUCAACUACAUGGCGGGUGAUGUGGGCAUCGUACCACGGAAUAUGGGCCACUUCAUUGAGAACCUGAGUGACGAUGAGCCGCUGGAGGUUUUGGAAAUCUUCCGCGCGGAUCGAUUCCGGGAUUUCUCUCUGUUCCAGUGGCUUGGUAGCUCACCUCGUCGAAUGAUUGCUGAGAACGUAUUUCCCGACGAUGCUAAGGCUGCAGAGACAUUUUUGAAAAAGAUCGAAGAUGCCGAAAAGGAUCCUAUCAAGGAUACGAUCUGA